AUGUGUGGCUGCUACUACGGAAACUACUAUGGUGGCCGUGGCUAUGGAUGCUGUGGCUAUGGAGGCCUGGGCUAUGGCUAUGGCUGUGGCUAUAGAGGUCUGGGCUGUGGCUAUGGUUGUGGCUAUGGAGGCCUGGGCUGUGGCUAUGGCUGUGGCUAUGGAGGUCUAGGCUAUGGCUAUGGCUGUGGCUUCCGCAGACUGGGCUGUGGCUAUGGCUGUGGCUAUGGUUGUGGCUCUGGCUGUGGCUACUACUAUUGA